CUUCUCAGUCAUCAUCCCAAGAACGGCAGCUAACAAAUAAUCCAAACCUACCACCUCGAAACAACUGUCCUCUCUCUCUAUCUCUCUGUACUCGAAUUUGUGGUUAGCUUUGGAAACUUCGCCGGCGAAUCAUAAGUCUUCGUUUUCAGUCUCUUUAUCUUCCAUGGCGUUGCUGAAGUCCUUCGUCGAUGUUAGCCCAGACUCGCACUUUCCUAUCCAGAACCUCCCUUAUGGUGUCUUUAAGCCGGAAUCGAACUCCACUCCCCGUCCUGGCGUCGCUAUCGGCGAUCUCGUCCUGGACCUCUCCGUGAUCUCCGAAGCUGGGCUUCUCGAUGGUCCGAUCCUUAAGAACGCCGAUUGCUUCCUUCAGCCUAAUCUGAAUAAGUUCUUGGCCAUGGGACGGCCUGCAUGGAAGGAAGCGCGUUCUACGCUUCAAAGGCUCUUGUCAUCUAAUGAACCCACCCUACGAGAUAAUGAUGUUUUGAGGAGAAAGUCAUUCUGUGAGAUGAAUAAAGUGGAAAUGGUUCUUCCUAUGGUGAUUGGCGACUAUACAGACUUCUUUGCAUCCAUGCAUCACGCCAAGAACUGCGGGCUUAUGUUUCGUGGGCCUCAGAAUGCGAUAAACCCUAAUUGGUUUCGUCUUCCCAUUGCAUAUCAUGGACGGGCAUCAUCUAUUGUCAUCUCGGGGACUGACAUUAUUCGGCCAAGAGGCCAGAGCCAUCCUCAAGGAGACUCUGCACCAUAUUUUGGACCUUCAAAAAAACUUGAUUUUGAGCUUGAAAUGGCUGCCGUGGUUGGUCCAGGAAAUGAAUUGGGAAAGCCUAUUGACGUGAAUAAUGCAGCCGAUCAUAUAUUUGGUCUUGUACUGAUGAAUGACUGGAGUGCUAGGGAUAUUCAGGCGUGGGAGUACGUGCCUCUUGGGCCUUUCCUAGGAAAGAGUUUUGGGACUACGGUAUCCCCUUGGAUUGUUACCUUGGAUGCACUUGAACCUUUCGGUUGUCAAGCUCCCAAGCAGUAUCCACCUCCAUUGCCAUAUUUGGCUGAGAAAGAAUCUGUAAAUUACGAUAUCUCCUUGGAGGUUCAACUUAAACCUUCUGGCAAAGAUGAUUCUAGUGUUAUAACAAAGAGCAACUUCCAAAAUUUAUAUUGGACCAUAACGCAGCAGCUAGCACACCAUACCGUUAACGGUUGCAACUUGAGGCCUGGUGAUCUCCUUGGUACCGGAACCAUAAGCGGACCCGAGCCAGAUUCAUAUGGGUGUCUACUCGAGCUAACUUGGAAUGGACAAAAGCCUCUAUCACUGAACGGAACGAGUCAGACGUUUCUGCAAGACGGAGACCAACUGACCUUCUCAGGUGUUUGCAAGGGAGAUGGCUACAAUGUCGGGUUUGGAACAUGCACAGGGAAAAUUGUACCUUCACUGCCUUAAUGAGCUUUGGCGGGAAAAAAUCGCUUUAUCUCCAUAUUCACGAUUACGCACUUGGGGUAUGAAUAUGAUUAAGUAGAUAACCCCUAUCCGAUUAAAAUAAGCCAUCUCGAUAUUUGGUGUAAUAUGUCACUGAAUCUUUUAUAAAGAAGACAAUGGAAUUUGGAAACUUUCUAUAUAAAAGCGAUUAUCAUC